CGCGCGCCGCGGCUCGUGGUUCUCGCUGAGGGACGACGCGGCGGCCGGGAGAUGGACGUGGGGGCUGCGGAAACCGGGGAUGGAGGGAGCACCAGCCAGGCGGCGGGCGCCGCCGGCCUCUGCCUGCAGCUUGACUUGGAGGACACCGACUCAUCCAAGAAGGCUCAAAUAACCGAGAUGCCAUCCCCAUUUGGAGCGGGCCAGGCUCACGAGAAGAAGAUUGGCCACAGGAGAGUCGAUGCCUCCGGAGAGACAACCUACAAGAAAACCACCUCGUCGGCCUUGAAAGGGGCCAUCCAGUUGGGAAUUGGUUAUACUGUUGGCAACCUCAGCUCCAAGCCCGAGAGAGAUGUGCUCAUGCAGGACUUCUAUGUGGUUGAAAGCAUUUUCUUUCCAAGCGAAGGCAGCAACCUCACCCCCGCCCACCACUUCCCAGACUUCAGGUUUAAAACCUACGCCCCCGUGGCCUUCCGCUACUUCAGAGAGCUGUUUGGGAUCCGACCCGAUGACUACCUGUACUCGCUGUGCAAUGAGCCGCUGAUCGAGCUGACGAACCCCGGAGCGAGUGGCUCCAUUUUCUACGUAACCCGAGACGAUGAAUUCAUCAUCAAAACCGUCCAGCACAAGGAGGCCGAGUUUCUACAGAAGCUUCUCCCCGGAUACUACAUGAACCUGAACCAGAACCCCCGGACUUUGCUGCCGAAGUUCUUUGGGCUUUAUUGCAUCCAGUGCGGGGGCAAGAACAUCAGGAUCGUCGUGAUGAACAACAUUUUGCCGCGCUCGGUCCGCAUGCACCUUAAGUUCGACCUGAAGGGCUCCACAUACAAGAGGCGGGCGUCCAAGAAAGAAAGAGAGAAGUCCAAACCCACUUUUAAAGACCUGGACUUUCUGAGUGACGUUCCUGAGGGCCUCAUUCUGGAUCAGGACACUUACAAUGCUGUGGUCAAAACCCUGCAGAGAGAUUGUCUGGUCCUGGAGAGUUUUAAGAUCAUGGACUACAGUUUGCUGCUUGGUGUCCACAAUAAGACCCAGGCAGACAGGGAGCAGCAGGCCCAGGGCUCCCCUGCAGCCGGUGGGGAUGAAAAGAAGCCCGCAGGUCAGAGAGCGUUGUAUUCCACCGCCAUGGAGUCCAUACAGGGAGGCUCCACCUGCAGGGACACGCUGGACCAGGACGACACAAUGGGUGGCAUUCCAGCCAGGAGUGGAAAGGGAGAGCGCCUCCUGCUGUUUAUAGGGAUCAUUGACAUUUUGCAGUCCUACAGACUGAUUAAGAAACUGGAGCACUCUUGGAAGUCUCUCAUCCAUGAUGGUGACACAGUGUCAGUUCACAGACCCGGCUUCUAUGCAGAGAGAUUCUUCAAAUUCUGCACCUCAGCUGUCUUCAAGAAGAGCAGCUCCCUGCGAUCAUCCCCGUCGAAGAGGGGACGAGGAGUCCUCAUGUCCAAGUCCAGCGCCGGAGCCAGCCAGCGUCCGUCACUGACUGAGGAACGGCAGGAAAACCUGGACAACCUGGAAAACCUCAGAGGUGCUCGCAACUUCCCCCUGCUGGAGGACAAUGGGAAAGAGCCACCGUGCACUCCUCCAUCCUUCGAAGAUGCAACCACGGCUUCUAUUGCAACCACUCUGUCGUCCAACAACUCCCUCCCCACCACGCCGUUCGACACGCCGGAGCAUCCGCGCUACAGGAGGCAGACGCACUCCCCAAACAUGGCCAGAUCACAAAAGGAAGUAGUUGAGGUUCACGGUGAAAGACAAGACACUAUAACAGUGGAGGUGGAGCUCAGUAAAAUCCCAAAGAGCACGGAGCUCACGCAGAGGACAGAGAAGCUCUCUCCAAGCCACCUCUCACCCGACCGUCAUCCACCUCGCGCUGUUCCGUCAUCCUCCCCUCCCUCCGCGAGUCCGUCCACUCCGCAUUCCUCCUCCACUCUUCCUCCCUCCUUCCCGUCGUCCUCCUCCACGGCUCAGUCUGCCGGCCAGUCAUCGGCCACGCUUUCCUCAUCCAUCCGUCCCUCCACCAAGCCGCUCACCUCUCCCACGGCGGCCCAGACUCUCUCCUCUCCCGGCGCUCAUCCGGCCGCCCUUCUCGUCCACCCCAGCUCCGCCCCGGACGCCUCGGCUCUCCCCGCCGCCUCGGCGUUCACGCCCAUCUGCCCCGCUUCCCCUCGCUCCUCCGCCCACAGCUCCACUCAUCAGCUUCCCUCGACGCCCCCCUCCUCCGUCCCUCCGAGCCCGCAGGUGAACCAGCAGGCGGCGCACAUGUCCCGCAACCAGCUGUCUGUGUCCAGCAGCCACAACUCCCUGGACGGGGAAGUCCAGGUUUCGGACAUUUACUUUUAUGCAGAUGGCAGAUAUUGGGUGUACUCUCCAGUUCUUGGCCGCCGUAAGCUAAACUCUAGCUCAAGUUACAAUCAGACUCAGGAGGACCGGGGCUGGGUGUACUCUCCUCUGCACUGCAGCUCAGACUCAAGAAGGGGCUCCGAUGGGGAGAGUGAGACAUAACUCCAGAGCGGAGGCAGGAGUGAUGAUGAGAACCAGAGGCCGUCUCCGUGGGCUAAAGCUGUGAGGUUUUAAAAAAUAAACCACCAAGACCAGGACACUAUGAAGUUUUAAUGCUGGUUUCCUCAUGCUGCAUGUGGAAGUGAGCUUUGCCAACUGCAAAAAAAAAA